AAACCGGAAGUCCACCGAUAGGCGGGAUAUUGUUGUCUGUCUACGUCAUCCGUGUGUGUCGCUAGCGCUCGCGGCCAGAUAAACCCAUUCUGAUCGGGUUCUCCUGAUGGGCCUGAAGGUUCUGCUGUACUGGCCCAACCUCAUUGGAUACCUCCGGAUCAGCCUCGUGUUUGGCGCCUGUUCGGCCUGCGGGACACCGGCGGUCUUCCUCGGGUUGUACUCUGCCUCCGCCGCCCUCGACGGAGUGGAUGGAUGGCUGGCCCGCAGGCUGGGUCAGACGUCCAGGUUGGGGGCCUGGCUGGACGUUGUGGUGGAUAACCUAAGCAGAGGCAUGCUCUGGAGCCGACUGUUUAAGUGGGGGUGGCUGGUGUCUGCGUUGGAGUGGUGUGCGUUUGUGUGCAACCACAGCGGCAGAGGGGCGCAGUGGAAGGCCAGCUUUGGCAGCAGCCCCCGUCUCAUUCGGGCCAUCAUGGCGAACGGGUUCUACACUCCUCUGGGCAUGUGGGUGGUGAGCGGUCUGCACCUCCUCCCCGUGUGGCUGUAUGCCUAUCAGGAGGGUCUGCUGUCCGCCUGGAUAGACCUGCCGUUGUGGAUCCAGGUGGUAGGGGCAGUAUUCCUGACCAUGGGGCGUCUCUUGGCUCUGUUAGCUGAGAUGUGGUGCAUCUGGACACACAUUGAGUACCUGACCAGCGAUGAGCCAGAGGAGAAAUGCACUUGAAAGACUCUGCAAAUGCACUUAUGUGCUGCACACUAGAAGGACUUUCCCCUCUGCUGCUCCUCCAGCCAAAGACAGGAGAGUCCUGAGGAAAAGCUCUCCGUCCACCAAAGGGACGACUUCAUUGGACAGUAGAGAAAGCUCUGACCAUCUCCAGAGGUCAGCUCCAAUCUGUGAUGGUCAAAUAAAGGAUUCACAAGCAGAUUGAAAAUGCUAGUCUGCACUGCUUUAUUAGACUUCAGAUUAUUUAUUUGUGUUUAACAGGCCAGGUUUUCUUUGUGGAUUUUUAAAUGGUCUUUAUGUAAAAUGAAUUGGUCCUGUCUGUUGUCUCGUGUAAUUUUUUAUUUUAGGGUAGAAAAGUAUCAGCGAUGAUCCAAAAGACUAGCUUUACAUAUUGAAAUAAAACCUUUCAGACAUUUGA